CCAGUAUCCUGGGGCCGACGAGUGACCAUUGUGCUCCUUUCCUAAUCUUUGAUUCAACCACAACACUUGUGCCCUCGAAUAUGUCUCCCCCAUAAGUAGUCUUCACAGGCUCCUGUUCCCACUCCUCUGCCCAGCUUGAAGCUUCCGUUGUCACAUAUUGAUAGGCCUGCAAAAAGCGAUAGACAAUCAGACAUCAAGAUGUUCCAAACUCUGAAUCAGCUUUUUCGGAAACGCUUCUCUCACACUAAUACUACGCUGUUACGAGUCAACUGCUGAAAAUAGUCAUUAUCUGCGGGAAAUAUACCGCUGUGCUAUAUUGGACUUGCUGUUGGAGUCAAUAAAUCAACGAGUUCGACAUGGCUUCUAUAUUUACAUUCGACCCUGAUCCGCCCACAAUAUCAUCUCCUUGGCCACGAUCCCUUGCACCGACUCCCGUCUCAUUUGCGGUGAAUGAGCAUGCUGCGCCCAUUGCAAACAGUGGUCAUGGACGCCCUCUUCCGAGUCCAAACCCUAUCGAACUGGCCGAUUGUGGAAUAACAAAACUCGAGCCAGAACCACAAGAGGGUCCGACAGAAUACAAAUUACAUCUUUUGCUGCGACCAAGGAGACUCUUCUCUGCUUACAGUACUGGCUCGUUUGUAUCUGGUUCGCACCGUUCCGGUUUGCAGCAGUCCUCUGCUCGCAAUGAUAUCUCGGCAUCUCCAAGUGCAUCUCCCCACCCGGCUCCUUCGGGGUCAUCAAGGCAAGCGCGCUUGCAGCAACUUACCACGCAACUGCUCUGGCGCCUACAGCAGUCCUCCCCGUAUCAUUCCUCUUCGACUGGUGAUUUGAUUCUUCCUAUGCUGCCUGAUACUUCCACGCCUAUUGGGUCUUCCGUUCGGCCUAGGCGACUUUUGCCAGGAUUAGAGGAAAGCAAGGGUGCUCUGUAUGAGAUUGGAGUGUCUGAUGAUGGCAGUUUCAAAGGUCUAACAAGGGAAGAGAUGGAAGAGAGCCUCCAAACCCUCUCCCUGAUGGCGGCUAGUCUGGGUUGUAGCAUCGAAAUUCAACGGAUGGUUCUAGUCGGAGACUGUGAAUGGAUCGAAGACGACGCGUCGGUUCCUCCGCGGCGUGUCACUCAUGCAGAGCUACUCUGGGUUACUGAAGUAUUGGUGAAACCUGAUUUGUUCCGUGGGACAGGACAAGCUGAGCCGGCAACGUCAUCUUCAUCAACGCCAAGGCUCCCAAGCUUGGACGAGGCCACUCCAAAUCCAGAGGAGGUGCAAUGUCUCACCGAGCAAGUACGAGUGUCGCUCACUGGACCAACCAUGUCCGGGAAGUCUAGUCUUUUGGGUACGCUAUCCACCAAUACUGCAGACAACGGUCGUGGUAAAAGUAGAUUAAGUCUACUCAAACACAGACAUGAGAUCGAAUCUGGCGUGACAAGCUCGGUAUCCCAGGAGCUCAUUGGCUACAAGACAGCGACACCAGCGACUUCCGGCGGGUCAGCUGGGACGGAUAUUGUCAAUUAUGCCUCAGGAAACGUGUCUUCAUGGAAUGACAUUCAUUCGGCAUCAGAGUCUGGAAGACUUGUAUUUCUCUCGGAUUCUGCGGGGCAUCCUCGAUACCACCGAACCACCAUACGUGGGCUCGUCGGAUGUGCUCCUCAUUGGACCGCUCUGUGUGUUGCAGCCAAUGAUGGAGACGCAAAAAGAACCUCUGGGAUCAAUCUUUCUGAGCAAGAUCACCUUGGCCGUGCUGAGAGUAGCUUAGAUCUCGCCGAAGCGCAUCUCUCCCUUUGCUUGAAGCUUAGACUUCCGUUGAUGAUAAUUGUUACAAAAUUAGACCUGGCUUCCAAAGCAGGGUUAAAGAACACGCUUGGCAAGUUACUUUCGGCAUUGAAAGCUGCCGGCAGGAAACCAAUCAUGCUAGCGGCGGCCAACGAUCAGGUCUCUCAAUCGAUAUCUAUACCUCUCAGCGCUGAGCAUGAGGUCAAAAAGUUUCUAAGCCCAACAGAAGUCGAGAUUGAGCAAAAGGUUCCAAUCGUAUUGACUAGUGUUGUCACCGGGGCAGGUAUUGGAACUGUUCAUGCUCUGCUUCGAACUCUUCCGAUACCACAUCCAUUGCCUCUUGCGCCAUCUCUGACAGCAACCCUACGGUCAUCACCUAAUGUUGUCUUUCAUGUAGAAGAAGUCUAUGCCAUGUCGAAAUCUUCUUUUCGGCUUGAUUCAAACUCGACCCUGUCGUCCAAACUUAUCCUCAGCGGUCAUCUUCGCCACGGCGACAUCAGCAUUGGUGACGAGCUAGACCUCGGCCCCUUUCAGCUCGCCACGAUGGAACAAGAAAGCAGUAGCAGUCCUUGCCUGGGACCAAUACGACAAGACAGCUCACCAAAAUCCUCAACUUUAGAUCUAUCUUCUGCCAUGGAGUGGAAACGUGCCCGCGUAAUCAGCAUACGCAACUUACGACUUCCUGUCCGUAGCCUCGUCGCCGAUCAAGCAGGCACGCUAGGUAUCGCAUUCCUACCUAGCCCAUCCGCCUCUGUAAAAGACGCCUCUCGCUCCUCUUCCUCCAACCUACCCAGCCUGCGUAUCCGACGAGGAAUGGUCCUCGCUCGCAACUCUCCAGAACGCCCUCUCCAAGCUUCCACUGGGAUUGUAGCCCAUUUUGACCAAUGCGAUGCAGGAGCUUUGACACCAGGUAGCACUGCAGUGGCCUACUUUGCCAGUGUCAGGACUUCGGUCAGAGUAGUCGGCAUUGAAGAAGACGUCAUCUCAAAGAAGAACAGCUUCGAUGAUGGUCAUGGCCAUCCAGAGGGCGUCUUUCACUUUGGAGACAGCGAUGCCGAUGAUGAUCAAGAUGGCCAUGAGCAUGAUACAUCUUCUGCCGCUGCUGCUCGCCGUCAUCGAAUCUCCGCCGCCACGCUCGAGUUUGUUUCCUCCCGCGAGUGGGUUGAGGUUGGCGGUCCCGUGCUUCUCGUGCCUAGCGGUGGAACAGGCUUGUAUAAAGGAACAGAGAUUGGCGGAAGAGGCAUCAGUCGACUUGAUGGCGUUGUGGGAACAAUCGCAGACGUUCUUGGGCCGUGAUUUGGAUAGACUCUCGCGUAUAUAUUAUUUUGCUGUGUAUAUAGUACUGUAAAUAAUUUUCUUUUCUUUUCGGUAUCUCUCCCAUCAUGUGACAAGCAGAGGUGUCCGGCUGUCAAGUCCAACGUCUCUACGCACGAGAGACCAAAUCUUUUUUUUUUCUCUUCCCCACUUUCACUCUAGAC